UGAUCAUCAAAGCAGGAAUAAACCUCAUCCUGUUGUAAUUGUGGUUUGAUUUUUUAUUUGUUAUUCUUUAAAAUAAUCUGCUGGAAUGGAACUUCUUUGUGUAAAAGUGAAAAAAGGAAGGUUGAAUGGAGCUGCUGAUACAUUUAACACCUAUGUUGUUUUAAAAGUCCAAAAUCUAAAAAGCACCACAAUAAACAGAAAAGGAAGCGAACCUUGCUGGGAACAAGACUUUAUGUUUGAAAUCAGUGAUGUUGAAAAGGGCUUUGUGGUGGAGCUGUGGAAGAAAGGCUUGAUAUGGGACAAACUUUUAGGUACUUUAUGGAUUCCCCUAACAACUGUGGAAUAUUCAACAGAUGAAGGUUCGGGUGCGUGGUGGAUACUACAUUCUGAAGUCAUAAAAAAUGGAAAUGAAAUCUGUGGCACAAAAACACCAACUCAACAUGAGAUUUUACUGGAUGUCUACUUUGCAAUACUGAAUGCAGAAUCUUUGGAAUCUGUGUUUGAUGCUAUUGACUUCAGUGGAGUUGUUCUUGAUCUAAACCAAGAUAACCGUGAAAGGAAUAUUUAUAAUAAGAAUCAGCAGAAAGUAAAAGUGAGCAGCUGGAGAGUCUGUUCUUAA